CAGCUGCUCUAGUCGAGAUCUGAAAGCCAUGGAUGGGCAUGGAGGAGAAGCUGCUGGUGGGCUCCAGCAGGGUAUUUCUCGGUCAAUUUCAGUCUCUGAAGGUGAGGAAGAGUCAGAAGGUGCUGACUCUGCGACCCAUGAGAGGGACUCUCACACACAUUACAUCGCCAUUCAAAGAAAUUCCAAGUACUAUCGGUCCAUGAGGCUGCCAAACAGAACAAAGAGGAAGACUGCAAGAGAAACAAUGCACGCAGGACGUGCUGCAGGUUCACUCAAAAACAAUGAGUCGGUCAAAGAGCCCCUGAACGUUUUACCACCUAAGGGAUCACCACCUCCAGUAGACUCUAACAAGACAACUUUAGAAGAACUAUUGAUUCAGAGGCUGCUGCCUUCCUACCCCCGUUACCGUGGCAACCUCCCGGGCUCCCCCAGCCCCGCGCCGCCGCCGCUACCGCCGGAGCUGCUCGGCAGCCGCCUGCCGCCGCCGGCCAUGGAGCUGCUGGCCGCGGCGCUCAGCGCAGCCUGCGCCCUCGACCAGGACGGCUCUGCGGGACAGCCCGGCAGGAAUCCCCCCGCGGCCGCCGAGGACAGCAGCCCCACCGCCGCCGAGGCGCCGCCGCCCGCCCACCCCAUGACGGCCGACUCGUGGAGGAACCUCAUCGAGCACAUCGGGCUCUUGUAUCAGGAAUAUCGAGAUAAGUCAACGCGCCAGGAGAUCGAAACCAGACGACUGCAGGAUUCACAGACAGACCCUGAGGAGAGUUCACCCAGUGAGGAAACCCCACCUGAGACAGAACCUGCAAGUACCCCCGAGAGCAAAGCUGCACCACAGAUCAAUUUGCUGAGGAACUCCAACUCCAGGUUCAACUUAUGGCAGGACCUGCCGGAGAUCCGGAGCAGUGGGAUCCUCAGCAUCCUCCAGCCAGAUGAAAUCAAGCUGCAGGAGGCAAUGUUUGAGCUGGUUACUUCUGAAGCCUCGUACUGCAAGAGUCUGAAUCUGCUGGUGUCUCAUUUCAUGGAGAAUGAGCGUCUGAAGAAGAUCUUACACCAGUCCGAGGCACACAUCCUCUUCUCCAAUGUCCUGGAUGUCAAGGCUGUUAGUGAGCGAUUCCUGCUGGACCUGGAGCGACGGGUUGAGGAGAAUAUAGUGAUCUCGGAUGUGUGCGAUAUUGUGUACCAGCAUACAGUUGAGCACUUCUCUGUGUACAUCACCUAUGUCUCCAACCAGACCUACCAGGAGAGAACUUACAAGCAGCUUCUCCAGGACAAGCCAGCUUUCCGGGAGGUGAUCACACAGCUGGAGCUGGAUCCCAUGUGCAGAGGCCUGUCCUUUUCUUCCUUCCUGAUUCUGCCAUUUCAAAGGAUCACUCGGCUCAAGCUACUGGUGCAGAAUAUUUUGAAGAAAGUGGAAGAGAAAUCUGAGAGGGAAACCACUGCCCUGGAAGCACAUAAGGAGCUGGAAACAGUGGUGAAAGCAUGCAAUGAAGGGGUCAGGAAGAUGAGCCGAACAGAGCAAAUGAUCAGCAUCCAGAAGAAACUGGAAUUUAAGAUCAAGUCUGUGCCCAUCAUCUCUCACUCCCGCUGGCUGCUGAAGCAGGGGGAGCUGCAGCAAAUGAACGGCCCGAAGACGUCGCGGACACUUCGCACCAAGAAACUCUUCAGAGAAAUCUACCUGUUCCUUUUCAACGACCUGCUGGUCAUCUGCCGGCAGAUUCCAGGAGACAAGUACCAAGUGUUCGACUCGGCGCCCCGGGGGCUUCUUCGGGUAGAGGAGUUAGAAGACCAGGGGCAGAGUUUGGCCAACGUCUUCAUCUUGAGGCUGCUGGAGAACGCCGAUGACCGGGAGGCCAGUUACAUGCUGAAGGCAUCGUCGCAGAGUGAGAUGAAGCGUUGGAUGAUUUCACUGGCCCCAAACCGGAGGACCAAGUUUGUUUCAUUUACAUCCAGACUUUCUGAUUGCCCGCAGAUCCAGUGUGUCCACCCCUACGUGGCCCAGCAGCCGGAUGAGCUGUCCUUGGAGCUGGCUGAUGUCCUCAACAUCCUGGACAAGACAGAUGAUGGCUGGAUAUUUGGGGAGCGGCUCCACGACCAGGAGAGGGGCUGGUUCCCCAGUUCUAUCGGGGAGGAGAUCCUGAACCCCAAAAUCCGAGCCCAGAACUUGAAGGAAUGUUUCCGGGUGCACAAGUCAGAUGACAGCCAGCGGAGGAAACUGGGCAGCAGGAACCGUCAAUGACUGCUGGCAUCCCCACGUGUGGGGAGCAGCCCUGGGAGAGGGGCAGAGGACAGAGGCUGCCAGCUGGGGGGACACAGCCAUGGUGCUGGGGGCCAUGGCAUGGGACCUGGUGUGCCACACCAAGCACGUCCACCUUUGAACGCAUGGACCUCCAUUCCCAGGCGGCCUGCCGUGCUUUCUGCAGUGCUGAGCCCUCCUUGGAGAGCAGUGCUUCGGGCUGGCUGAAAUCACCCCUUUCCAAAGAGCAUGAGCCCAAACUGCACCACAUGAAGGCCCUGGGUGCCAGCCAGCUGACCAGCGAGGGAACCUGGGGCAGCAAAUAGAACUCAGCAAUUAGCAUUGCCCACUGACACCUCAUCGCUACCGUUUGAGUGAGGGGCUCUCUUAAAGCUGCACCUCACAGGGGUGGGAAUUCCAGUGGAGGAACCACCUGACACCCCUUCACACAGCCCCCAGGACCCCAUUUCCCCAGUGAAGCUGAUGGAGGCAUCCCUUUGUAGACCCUCGAUCUGCUCCCCAGCGCUCUGAACACAGCCCUGCUCCACCAGCAGCCCCACCUCAGAGGCCCCAGCCUCCACCCCUGCUCACCUGAAGGCCUCAAAGCACAUCUGGGUCCUGCCCCAUGGCUCACCCCCUCCCUCAGCUGCUGCAGAAGCGUGAUACCGUGGCAUUCCCAGGCUGAUCCAGUGCUUUUGGGAAGACAGGCUGCACAUGGUGUCUGCUGUACCCACUGUGGCACACUGCAGGGCUCCAGGAGUGCCGGUGGGCGAGCACCAUGCGGUGAGUUGGCAGCACCCCAGGAGCUGCUGUGCUGCACAGUAAGAAGGCUCAGCAACACGCCUGCAUGCUUGUAACCCACACCUCCAGCUGUGUGCAGCCUCCCUGUACAGUUCAUGUAUAUACACGGUCCUCUGUCGCAAGCAGAGCCAGACCAUCACCUGUUCCAGUUGUGGCACUGAGCAUCGCAUGAAGCCCAGGGCACAAACAGCCCCACGUGUGACCACAGCAGAGAGCACUGGGCUCACAGCAUGGGCUGUGCUGGUCCUGAGCUGCAGCCACCACCCGUUAUGGAACCGGGGCUAUUGGGUGUUUCUGUAACGCAGCAAGGAGUCUUCCAGGCACUGCCGUGUGCUGCAGCGGUUGCAGGCUGUAUUGCGGAAGGGGACAGAGAGCAGCGUGGGGUCCUGGUUGUGUGAGGGGUGUGCAGCGAGCCCAGGAUACAGCUGGUGGAAGCUGCAGCAAAGGGAGCACAGAAGCGGGUCCUCCCUUGGGGCAGCUCCAUGCCACCACACACAGGGCCCCAGGGAGGGUCUCCAGCUUGAUGCAAUGGGCUUACCCACCGAACUGAGCACAUCACAGCCCAUCCAGUUUGGCAGAGCCACAGCCAGCACAGCCCGGUGCUGAAGCCCCGCAGGGGCUGUUUGGCAGUACAGAAGGGCUCCCUCACCUACCAGAAGCAGCUGUACCCCAGUGGAGGAGCCCAGAUUCCCCACCAUCAGGAUACCAGCACCUGGCUGUGUUGCCUGUGGGAUGAGAGGGGCCCAGGGCUGCCUCACGCUGUCCCCUCACACCCUGGACUCCCUCCAGCUGCUCCAGCUCUGUUGUGACUUCUUAUGACUUCAAACCCCAGGCUCAGGCCGUGCUGUUUCCGGGCACCGAGUGGCAGCCAGUGUUAUUUCCUCAGUCUCAGCCACACACACCUUUCCAUGGGCACACAGCUGCAGCCCCCACAGCCCCCCAGGCUGCUGCGGGGCACUGAGGGGAACUUCUUGUCGUCUCGUUUUCUGUGUGAUGAAAUAUAGCUGAGUGAGCCAGCACCAGA